AUGGGGUUUACUACGCAAGACGACAAACUCUACCUCUUUGCCUUUGUGCACUUUUUGCCAGGCAAAUACAACACAUGGCAAGGCGCCUACGAUGAACUCGCCAAGUACGUCUGGGCCGAAGAGCCCACCACCGAGACGUACUAUUUCGGCAUUCCCUGCGACUUUGCCGACGACGUCGAGAACACCCCGCUGAUGUUUGCCUUUGAGGUCUACGACAAGCGCGACAGCCUCUACCACGUCCACUUUACCAGCCCCACCAUGCAGACCACGUUCAUCCCCGUCGCCCUGCCCAACAUGACCACCGGCUUCGACCUGCAGCAUUACGCCCGCGUCGGCGGCUUCCUCGAUCGGCCCGGCGACGGCCGCGCCUGUGGCUUCAUGUACGACGUCAAGAUCAAGUGCACGUCGGUCGAGGCGCGGGACCGCGUGGCGGCGCGGCUGACGGCGCUGGCGCCCGCCAUUGAGGCGGCGGUGCCGACGCAAGACGGCGGCAUCCUGACGUGGGUCGCGUUUGCGAGCCAAGACGUCGACACGGACACGCGGCUGCUGAUUCGGUUCCGGGACAAGGCGGCGUUCCAUGCGUACACGAGGCUGCCGGCGGUGCUGGACUUUUGGGCGGCCGGCAAGGAGGAGGACGUGGACAAGAUGGAGCAGUGGGGGUACGUGGAGAACGGCAAGGGAUGGCUGCACCGUUGA